AUGAAUCCUCGCUGUAAGGAUAUUACACGCUUUGGCCAUAACAAUUGCUUCAUUUUACGACUUCCUAUCGAGCUACAAACCCAAAUAUUCAUAGAAUGUGCUUCAUAUCCUUACGGUCAGCUAAUGAUUGAACAUGAAGUCCCUCAAGUCCUGCUCCUGGUAUGCAAAUACUGGAGAGAUCUAGCAUAUGCCACUUCUCGACUUUGGUCAUCAUUCGAGAUCCACUUUGGAACAUGGGAACAGAACUUCAAGGGGACGGAAGGGGACGCACGGAUUCUCUCGCGAGUUAGGCUGUGGCUCCGUCGUUCGGGUAAUUAUCCCCUACACGUAAAGCUGUUUUACAAGCCUCUAGCUUCGCGAGAGGGAACAUUAUCUCGCUUCCCAUCCGAAAUGUUGGUGCUUCUUAUGCAACAUUGCUCGAGGUGGCAAGACAUCGAGCUGUCGAUGCCAAGUUCCUGCUUCGCGCCCCUUUCAAGUGCCGCACCUGCACUUGACCUCUCGUCGCUCAGUUCGUUGGUACUCAAUUCAAUUCCUUCCAUCCACUCGGAGUUUUUGGAUGUCCGCAACCUUGCUUCGAACUGCGGGAAGCUCACACGUUUACACAUCAAUUUCGAGUCAGGUCGUGUAUUAACGCUCGACGAUUGUGGCGUUAUUUUUGCACAGCACCCCAAUUUGAGCUGCUGUAAACUUUAUGCUCAAUGCCUUUUCGAUGGAUCAUCGGAGCACUCUGGACACGCAGUAGAUAAAUUUAUCCUGCCGGCUCUAUCUGAAUUGCACCUCAGCGUCUACAGUCGUUCGAGCCAUGGUUUAGACAAUUCGUCCAGUCCACAAACAGCUCUCACGAUGUUUCUCAAUCGUCUUGAGCUGUAUGUGCUCAUCUCUCUCCGUAUUGAAUGGUUUGUCGAUAACGAUCGGUCUUUGUGGACCUCUUGCCACCCAUCCUUUGUGACAUUUUUGGAGGCAGUGGAACCAACACUUGAAACUCUUAGCUUGGGAUAUCUUCCUUUGUCUGAGGAACAGCUGAUAGAUUGCUUAAGAGCAACCUCGUAUGUAACUUCUGCGGAGCUACUCUUCAGCCUUGGGGAAGAAAUCGAAGGACCUGCUAUCACGGACAAGCUCUUGAGAGCAUUGACUUUCAUUUGCCGAAGCGGGUCAACUUCGAUAUCUGAACCUUUACUCUGCAUGCUCCAGUCACUCACUCUUCAGUGCCAUGGCAAGGGUUGUUCUGAACAAGAGCUAGUACGUUUCCUUAAUUCUAGGUCGGAUAGGCAGCCGCAUACACUGCAAACUCUCAAACUCCAGACUCAGAGCCCCAUCCUAAGUGGAGGGUCACGAUGGAUAGAGAGUGGUAUCAAUGUUAUCGAGGAUUGUGUAUAA